AGGAGCUAGUUCCCAGAGUGCACUGGGGGCCCACAAAGCAACAGCUGGGCAGCUGCAGAGGAGCGGGGCCCUCGGGACCUGGAGCUCGGCUAGAUCUGGGGCCGGGCCGCAGCGGCUGCGGAGGCGGAGGCAGCGCAGCUCGGGCCGGCCCUCCGGAGCCCACCACGGCCCUGGGAUCUCCGGCUCCGCGCCCUCCUCCGACUGACUGCGCUAACGCAGGCCCAGGACCCCGGGCCGAGCCGGCCGCAGGGAGCCCCUGCGGGUGCCGGGAGCGGAGCAGAGCGGGAGGAGGAAGGAGGAGGAAGGGAAGGGGAAGAGCCGGACGCGCCGCAGGCUCCCUGGAGCCGGGGAGUGAGACCAGGCACCAUGGCCGAGGCGGCGCCCCCUCCGAUUCCAGAAUGGGAGUCAGAGUGUACCACUUCACUGCAGUCCCUCCCACUACCCAGUGAGGCUCAUCUGCAGACAGCAGCUAUCUCCCUAUGGACAGUUGUAGCAGCAGUGCAGGCAGUAGAGAGAAAGGUGGAGGUGCACAGCCGGAGGCUUCUGCAUCUGGAAGGCCGGACAGGAGCAGCUGAGAGUAAGCUGAACAACUGUGAAAAAACAGUGGCGGACCUUGGGAACCAGCUGGAGGGGAAGUGGGCUGUAUUAGGGACCCUGCUCCAAGAGUAUGGACUGCUGCAGCGGAGGCUAGAAAACAUGGAGAACCUUUUGAGAAAUAGGAAUUUCUGGAUCCUCCGGCUCCCCCCAGGUAUUAAAGGAGAUAUCCCAAAGGUGCCAGUGACGUUUGAUGAUGUCUCCAUCUACUUUUCUACACCAGAAUGGGAGAAGUUAGAAGAAUGGCAGAAGGAACUUUACAAGAACAUAAUGAAGGGCAACUAUGAAUCUCUCAUCUCAAUGGAUUAUGCCAUGACACAACCUGAAGUUUUGUCUCAAACUCAUCCAGAGUCAGAGCAGAAUACAGAGAACCAAGCGAGACCAGAUGAGAAUGAGAUGGCUGCAGAACCCAGUGAUGAGCCAGGCAUUUCCACAUCAGACAUUCUCUCCUGGAUUAAACAAGAAGACGAGCCCCAAGUAGAAGGUCCACAGGACCCUGGAGAAAGUGACAUUUACAAAGGCACAUAUACUGAUGAUGAGCUUGCCAUCAAAGCUGAAGGGCUUGCUGGAGCCCCUUUGUGUUCAGAUGCCCAGGUUACUUCUGCCAAUCCACCAGCAAUGACAAAAGAUGCUUUCCAGGAUGCAGCUUUUAAGAGUCAGCAUCCUCAACCUGUACUGUCCUCUGGACCUCCACUUAAUAAUCCCAUUGACCCCCUUGGAGGGCAGCCUAGUUUCACCCAGCUGGGCAAUCUUCCCCUUCCUCCCCAAUCUGGGGAGCAACAACAACUCUUCCCUUGUCGUCGUUGUGGCAAGAAUUUUAACCAGAAGGAAAUGCUGAUGGACCAUCAGAGUAGUCAUGCUGGUGAGCGUCCCUUUGCAUGUGCCCAGUGUCCCAAGCGCUUUGCCCAACAGGCCAAUCUCAGCAAUCAUGCCCGUGUGCACACAACUGAGCGGGCCCAUACCUGCCCACAUUGCUCUAAGAGUUUUGUGCACCCUUCUCGGCUUACCUACCACCUGCGGGUCCAUAGCGGUGAACGACCCUUUCCAUGUCCGGAAUGCCCCAAGCGUUUUACUGACCAAUCUCGGCUCACCAGCCACCGACGUGGUCACUCUGGUGAGCGGCCAUUUCGCUGUGCUCAGUGUGGUCGCAGCUUCAGCCUGAAAAUUAGUCUUCUGCUCCACCAGCGGGGCCAUGCCCAAGAGCGCCCCUUCUCCUGUCCUCAGUGUGGCAUCGAUUUCAAUGGCCACUCAGCAUUGAUCCGCCACCAAAUGAUCCAUACGGGUGAGCGGCCCUACCAGUGUGGCGACUGUGGCAAGAGCUUCAUGCGUAAGGAGCACCUGUUGAAUCACCAACGGCUGCACACAGGCGAGCGGCCCUUUCACUGUGCCCACUGUGGCAAGAGUUUCAUUCGUAAGCACCACCUAAUGAAGCACCAGCGCAUCCACACAGGUGAGCGGCCCUAUCCCUGUCCCUGCUGUGGCAAGAGCUUCCGCUACAAACAGACACUCAAGGACCAUUUAAGAGCAGGCCAGGAUGGAAGUUGCAGUGGUGAUGGAGAUGUACCAGGGCAGCCGCCAGAUCCCCCUGGCCUCCUCCUACCUGGGCUUGAGCCCACGGGUUUAGGGAUUGGAACUGAUGGCCUAGAAACCAACCACUGGUAUGGGGAUGGGGGUGGAGGGAGUGUUUUGUAAAUCCUUCAUCUCUUGUUUAUCCACCAAGUGAAGAAUCCCAAAGACAGGGAGCCCAAGAUCAUUUUAAACUGGCUCUUCAGUGCAUUUUGGCCAUCGUACAUCUAACUAGGGACAUACCUGGUUAUCUGGAACUUCACAAUACUACAAAUAAAGAAGAUACAUUGUAAAAUUUGGAGAAGCUUGAAAAAAAUCCACCCACCCUGUCCUUAUGAAGAAAUUAUUGAGUUGAAGAGGUGAUAAUGUUGCAAACAGGCUGAAAGCAAGAAAUUGGUAAAUCACUGGCAGAUAAUCCAAAUUAUUUGUAGGUUGAAAUCCAAGGGAGGGGCAGGUAGCAUGGGGAAAUUUCUAAACUUGAUACUUUCCUUGUACCGUGAGGUUGGUGGGACACUGAGACUUCUCCCUAACUUUUGGGUGGGUGAGGUGGUUGUUAGAGGGGAGUGCUGUCCUAGAGCUGCCAAAUGGGGGUUGGCACUCUCCUUCUGGUUCCAGCUUAGACCCAGUUUACUUGUAUUCCUGCUUAUUUUUCCUGAAAUAGACCCAACAUGAUGGAGAUUCCUUUUCUUCAUCCGUGUCAACUCAAGACUUGGCCUGGUAUAAUAUUUCUUGGAUUUAAUCAAUGUGAUUUUCUUUAAACAUUGGAUCAGCCCAGGGUAAGAGAUCUGAAUUUUGUAGGUUGGGAAACUCCCUACUGAAAAUUAGUUGGUUUUGAAUUUUUUACUGACUUGGUUUACAGUCUUCUCUCUCUGAUAUUCAGGAUUUUACUGAAAUUUCAAAUUCCUGGAUAUUAGCAUUCUCAGUCCCUGACCCCAAAAUCUGAAAAACAGGAUUCUUUGGAGUAAAUGACAGGUCAUGUCUCUGAAAAACAGGAUUCUUUGGAGUAAAUGACAGGCCAUGUCUCUAAGGGCACAGCCCAAGAUUUGUGACUAGUCCCUCAACUUUAGAUGUGAGUACAUCUAAUGUAUACAUUUUUCUAUGUCUGCAGAAAUAAUAAGUUGGCUUUUCUCUUUCUGAUAUUUUGGACAUUUGUUAUAGCAGAAAAGAUUACAACUCACAGCUUUAAAACUAGCUGAAGACUCAACAUUUGUUUCACAAGUAAUGAAACAAAGCCAUUUUGGUAAUGUGGCUGGCUCAAACCACUAGAGGAAGUGUAUAUUCAUCCUCAUUUGGCCCUACUCUGGGAAUGUGGUAAGGUCAAGAAGAUUUCUCCCUAGCUGGUAGCUGGCCCUUCCUUGUACAUAAACAAUCUAUCUGUCCCAUCCAUAUCAUGCUCUCUGGGCUACUGGAUAUUGUGUGCACAAGCUUGUUAGUUGUUGUGUAUGGGUCUCCCAAUCACCUGGAGCAACUAAGCCACCUAGUUUUAUUCUUCACUGAGUUUGGGCCAUUUACGUCCUGCUGUGGACCCUAAUUUAGCUUUCUGUAAAUUAAGAACAGUCCUGUCCAUUUUACCUCAGACAGCUGGUAUGAGGAACAAGACCUGAAGUAAGAGCUCUACAGAAAUGCAGAAGAAUGUGAUUGUCGGGUGGCAUAUUCUCCUUCCUACCAAAACCCCAUUUAAUUAUUUUUCAGCCUCUUUGUGGGCAGACUUGAAUAGGGCAGCAGUCAAGGAGAGACUUCUGGCUGAAGCUUGCCUUACAUCUAUUAGAGUUCCAUGUACUUUCUUAAGAACUGAGAACCUGUAGGAGACAUGAGUGAUGGUCUUUUACAGAACUGCAGCCCUGCACAUUGGCAGGAGGGGCUGUUAGCAUCAGCCAGAAGGAAGGAGGCUCACAGCUUCUCUCACCAAGUACUCUUUUCUCAUAAAGAAUACAUUGGUGCUUGAUAUUCAAUGACAGGAUCUUUACUUGGUGGUUUGAGUGAGAAGGACAUGUCUUCCCCUCACAUUCUAAACUUAACUCUCACCCAGAUGGCAUAAUUGCCUGUAGCUGGUUUGAGGAAAGAUAUUUUCCUUGACUAGCAGGGAUAAUAAGGAUUCUGAGCAGGAAGGCUAUGGAAUAUGUAAUGGAAAAAGUGUUGGAUAUGAGCUUGGGACAUCUGAGUUCUGCUAUGAAGUAGCUUUGUGAUUUUAGGCAAAUCCCCUCUCUGUCUCAUUUUCCUUCUCCACAAUUAUUAGAUGACCUUCCAGAUCUGAGAUAUUUUGAUUUUAUGAGGCCUAGUCAGUCAUACAGAUUUUCCAGGAAGAAGCCACAGUAGGUCAGUAGGUAUCAGACUCUCUGAGCACUGACAGAGAACUUAACAUGGACUCAUGAUCAUUUUGUCUGCUCUCCCACUCUCUAACUAGGAAAAGAACCACAGGCUGGCAAUUUUUUAAAAAGUUUGUUUUUGAAGAUAAGAAUGUGGAUAAUCAAAAUGCUAGGAAAAGGGAUAACCUCAUAAUAAGUAGAAAAGUAUCUGGGGGCAAUUUCCACAUUGACCCUUCAAGUCCCUCAUAAGGAACAGGCUGUUAGAUUGCAGUUUGAAAAGGUGCUUUAAGAUACAAAAGUAAUGAUCCCUAACCACUGGUUCUAGAUCCAGACAACCCUAUCUCACCUUGGAUUCUUUGAGUAGUCUUCAUUUGUAGGAGAGAAAUUUAACAAAUAGACUAAUUUGUCCCCACUAUUCACCAUCUCAUCUUCCCUUCAGUCCACACAGGAUGUCAUCUAUUCCCUUGACCAUUUUCAACCAUUGUAAUUGUCAAUUGCCAAGUGGUAGCUUAUUUCACUAAUUAAUCCAGUUGGUUUAUUAAGAACAUCAGAAUAAACAAGACUUACUCUUU